AUGCGGUCUGUCAGGUUGACGGACGCUCACCAUGAUGAGCAAUCUAAGAUCCGCAUCGCCUACAGGAUUAACGGGCUCCUUCCCAUUGGCCGGCGUAUGCAGGCCCCAACUGGUCUAUCCACGACUUACGUACUCAACACAGAGACAAAAGAGGAUAUGCGAAGGAACAGUGACCACAUCGCCGCCGGUGUCGUUAACUUCGGAACCACCAUAAAUGAGAACAGAACGAUUUGA